CCCAUGUGCAUUGAACGUUUAUUUGUGCAGAUAGACGGUGCGUAAACAUCUAACUUUCCGGUUGAAAAUUUUGCUGAUAUCAUUGUUGCACUGACCUGAGUGUGUCACACAUUUCCCAGCAUCUCAUCUCCGAUUUGUACAGUCCAGUGCAAGGGAAAAAAUCUGCAAAAUGAGUUCCGUUUCGAGCCGCGCUAUCGGUGCGAUUGUGGGAGGUUUUAUUGCUGAUGCUGCAGGUCUUCCUCUUCACUGGAUUUACAACACAGCGGACCUCGGUGCCAUCGUGGCCAAAUAUGACAAGCCAGAGUUCAUUCCAGAGGGUCAAUGUCCAUUCUACAAAGUACCCACAGGAUCUCUGAGUGCCUAUGGUGACCAGUGCUAUGUCUUGCUGAAGUCCUUGGUGGACAACAAAGGGUUGAAUGUGGACAGUUACAAGUCCAGUUUGAAGUCCACCUUUGGCCCCGGCAGUGCCUACGAUAUCGACCACUCGGGACCCAAACCAAUCAACGGACCAUGGAUCAGUCAUAAUAUAUCAAAUUUCCUGAAAAACUGCAAUGAGAACAAGGAGAAACCUGGAGACACGGAAAGCAAAGAUAUGGAUGGCGUGUGCAAGAUUAGUCCCUUGGUGGCGCUCUACGCUGGUGAUCCUAAACUCAUGGAGUACGUGGAGACUGUUGUGAGGAUCACUCAGAAUAAUGACAUCGCUGUCAGGUUUGCACUGGCAGGUGCUAAGCUUGUGGAGGACUACGUCUUGAACGGUCCCAAUCCUCAGGCUGUGGACAAGAUGAUGAGCUCUGUGGAUUCCGAGGCUAAGGAUGCCAUUCAAGAGGUACUGAAGACCAAGACCGAACCCCAUGCUGAGGUGGUAAAGAAGAACGGCUCUAGCUGUGCGAUGCCGGGCAACUUCAAGAAUGCCCUUCACGGAGUGGUGAAUGCCACCGAUGACUUCGUGACCUCUGCUCGUCCUUCCAUGGUUGCUGGGGGAGACAACGUCUCUCGUCUCAUGUUCAUCGGGACUUGUCUGGGAGCUCAGGGUGGGGUCGAAUCCCUGCCUUCUGAUUGGCUGAGUAAGACCACCAAGGCAGGCGAAAUCAAGGGCCUGGCCGAGCAACUGUUUGCAAUGCGAAAGUAGAACAGAUUGGUUGGUGAGGGAAAUUGCUCAUUUACAAAGUAAAUGUUUGGCAGUGAUUUCCUUUCUUAGUUGGGAUUUCUAACUUUCAAUUUAGUUAUUUUAUUUGCAGUUUCAGUUGUGUGUUUUGUGGCAUGUUUAUUCAAAUAUUACGAUAGCUGCCGUCUGUUUCCAAUAUUGAUAAAAAAUCUAUUAAUUUCCCAAUGCAGUAGUAAACAUUUGAGCAAGAGUAAACCACCCGUAUGGCAUAAAAUGUGUUAAAUUAUAAAAAAAAAAUCAAAUAAUCUCUGAAAGAGAAUUAUCAUUGGAAACUAAAACCAGUUUUGUGAUUUUUUUGUGCUCUGUUGAAUGAAAUAGUAUCUGUAUCUGUAGCAUACUGCAAACAAACUCCACUAUGGGAUAUAAGGUUGCAGGUGAGUGGUGGCUAGCAGCAUCCCUAAACAAUUUUGUUAGUAGGCGCCCUUAGUGUUGAAGACAACUGCAUCUCAUGGAGUCUUGACUUAAAGGACUCCACUGAAGUAGCUUCCCUGACUUCUGUAGGAAGUAGGUUCCACUGAGCUGUUGUUCUUGGUAGGAAAGAAUAUCUGUAGCAGUCCUUGUUAGAUGUAGGGUGAACAAAGGAUAAUGAAUAUAAUUUUCUAGUUAAGAUUUUGUCCCGUUUGGAAUCAACUUGGUACUGAUCAACAUCAAUUGCGAUUUUGUGGUGAAUGGAUUUGUAGAGCAAGGUUAGUCUGGAUAUGGUUCUGCAUUCCUCCAAUGAUUUCCAUCCGAGGUGGGUGAUCAUGGAUGAGACACUACUUGUGCGCCUGAAGUCCUUACAGACGAGUCUUGCCGCUCUGCGUUGGACAGCUUUCAGUUUAUUUUUGUGGUCCUGAUGGUAUGGAUCCCAUAUGCUGGCGCGAUAUUCUAACUUGGGUCUGACCAGGGUCGUAUAUGCAGUUUCUUUAACUUUGGUGGAGCAGCUGAACAGAUUCCUGCGCAACAGUCCAAGAACUUUGUUUGCUUUAGUAGUAGAGUUACUUAUGUGUUCAGCCCAGUUCAGUUUGUUGUUUAAUUCUACUCCCAGGUAGGUGUGAUUUGUGACUGUUUGGAGAGGAUUGUCAUUUAUCUUAAAAGAUGACAGAAGAGGUUCUCUUUUGUGGGUCAUGUGCAUGGCAUAACAUUUGGUGAUGUUGAAUCGCAUCUGCCACUUGGACUCCCAGUUACAAAGGGUAAUGAUGUCGUUUUGUAGUUUCUGAAGUAGGUCACUAAUCAUGUAGGUGACUCGAAUACAACACUCGAGAGUCGUGCAUUAUGAGGCUGAGGUUACAACACAGACCUUAACUUUUUUGUUCACUAGCCAGCCGGGCUACUGAAACAGACUCUUAAUAUUAGCUCUCGGGUAUUUUCACUAGCCCGCCUUUCUUUUGUGGCUCAAAUACAAAAUGGCAUAUUUUCAGGCUCAAUUCUGAGGCAAUUAUGUUUUUAUGAAACGGCUCUAAUAAUUUAACCAUAAAAUUAGACACAAAUUAAUGAGGUUUUCUUUCUGAAUUUAAUGAUUUAAUUCUUCCUGUCCUUUCAUCUUUGCCGUAUCCCAAUAAUUUUUGUCUCGCCAGGCGGGCUACUUAAGGAAUAGUUUGACUAGCCCGCCGCUGUUGUGACUUGCAUUUGGCUAGCAGGGUACCGCUAAUUUCGAACCGUGUAACACUUACAAUAAAUGUGUCGUAUCAAAUACGAAAAUGAUUUCCCCUAACUUUGAAAGAAAAACCAUUUAAUGAAAUGCAAAAAAUCAAGUUAUGAAAUUUAAUAACUUUCAAAGGUAGUCUUCAACUAUUUUCCAUGUAUUUAAAGUUUGUAUGGAAACAUUUCUUAGAGUUAGAACUUUGCCAUAAUCCUCUAAUAUAUGUUUUAAAAUAAGAUUAAGAAUAAAUUGAAAUGGCCAGAAUUGUU